UUCAAUAUCCAAGUACUUCCCAGAACAAUUAGAACUAUAUACAUAAAGAAUGAUGUAACGCGAUGGUUAAUCAAAAAGGUUAUAAAUGUUCCUUCUGUGCCUUUAACAGCCACAUACAGUAAUUGGAUAAAAAUCAGGUGGUGAAACUCCAUGACUAAUUCUUCAGACCUAAAAAACUUGUUGAAUUUUUCCUAUUUAAGUGAGAUCCCUGACAAAAACAGUCUGUGUUAUCUGAAAGUCUUCUCUGCUUUUCAAAACAGCGAUUUGGUUUUCCUUUCAGUACUACCCAGUCCUUCAGUUUGCCCAGCUUUGGUGGGAAUAAUGGAAGAAAGCUAGAAGCCUGUGAUGACCUUAACCCAGCCUACUUGCCUAAAGGCCUUAAGCAGAAUCACCCCUGACAGUUUUAUUGAAUCUGUUGAACGUUUUUGGGCCAAAGAGUUUCAGAAGAAGAAUUGAAAUCGUUAACGGACAUCUGCUUUCACAGAAUGGCCCAGAUAUCUAGCAGCAAUGAAUUUAAACAACGUUCAUCACCAGUUUUGGAUCCAGCAAGACCCAAAGACGUGGACAAAGAAGAAGCACUGCAAAUGGAAGCUGAAGCUCUGGCUAAGAUGCAAAAAGAAAGAGUAGUGGUUGACAGUAGACAAAAGAGUGAUACCUUAAGCUACUCUUGGCCAAGUGUACAGUCCUGCAGGAAACAAGAUCAUGAUCUUAUGGUGUUUCCAGAGUCUGAUGUCAAGAGGAAGGUGGAUGAUAAGUUAAAUUCAAUUGACAUAGACAAACUUACAUGUGCUGAAUUAGAGAAACUUCUUUUAGAAGAAAAUCUUGAAUCCCACAAACCAUCUACAUUGUCAGCCACUCAGAUUCUUGGGGCAUCAUCUUCACAAUUUUAUUCUCACCCUGUUUCUCAAAGCGGGCAGUGGACAUCUAGUUUGCCUGGGUCUUCCAGUAGUGCCCGAUCUUCUGUUUACUCUGUACCUUCUUUCACCAAACAAGUUGGUAUCUUUCAGAAUGGCUUUCAUCCAGGUGUAUCCACUUGCCAAUCUACAAAGCCUGUCUAUCUUUGUCUUCCAGAAAGGUCUCAAUACAUUUCAUACCCACUGCCAUUUACUUCAAGUUUCCAUCCACAAGGAAGUGUACCUAUGUAUCAUUCAGCACUUUCUCCUGAAAUGGCAAAAGUAUUUGAUAAGAUUGCAAGUACUUCAGAAUUUCAAAAAAAUGGGAAAUCAAAGACAGACUUAGAGAUGACUGGUGCUAAACCUACUCUUAGUUUGCCAACCUCCGAAAGCUCCAGUGAUAUUAGUAAAUUUGAUUGGUUGGAUUUAGAUCCUUUAAGUAAACCAAAGGUGGACAAUCUAGAUAUAUUUUAUAAUUCAGAAGAUGGAGGAAGGAUAAUGAAUGCUAAAAUUGUAGAAGAUCCUUGGGACGCUGUGCUACUGGAAGAGAAAUCUCCAGGAAAGAGCCAUCUUGAAAGAAAGCUUAGUGGAAAAUCUGCUUCUGAGGCAACAGUUACAAGAAGUCAGUCUUUAAACAUUCGAACUACUCAGCUUGCUAAAUUACAGGGCCAAACUUCACAGACAGACAAUGGGACCAGUAGCCUGCCAGGAGAAAACAAGCUUCUAAAAAAUGUUGAAUGGCAAAAUCAAGAACAAGCAGCCUUUUGUGAUGCCAUUGCAAAAUUAAGGACCAAGUUUCCUCAUACCAAGCAUGAUACAAACUUGGGUUUCGUGUUGAGUCCAGUCAUGUUGCAAAGAAAUGUAAGUGGAGAGAACUCCAGCAUCAAGAUUUCAAUAGAAAUUGGGGGUUUUCAACAACCAGUGACAUUCACAUGUGAUGUGAGUUCUCCAGUUGAACUUAUAAUAAUGCAGGCUCUUUGCUGGGUACAUGAUGACUUGAACGAUGUAGAUAUUGGCAGUUAUAUUUUAAAAGUUUGUGGACAAGAAGAAGUUUUACAGAACAAGCAUUGUGUUGGAAGCCAUGAGUAUAUUCAAAACUGCAGAAAGUGGGACACAGAGAUUAUUCUACAAUUAUUAACUAAUAAUAAUAUUUGCAGAGAUCUCGCACGAACAGUAGAUGAUGAUGGGACAACAAUAGAUUUGACAAAACAUCUCUGCCAUGUAAAAAAGCUUUUCAGAGAGACCAUUCAGAGCCACUCUCUUGAAGAACUAUUAGAAGCUUAUCACAAUCAAGUUGACAUACUGCUUAAAAAUAAGAAUCGGUUUAAAGCAAUGGAACCAGUCAUCAAAGCUGUCAGAAAAAUUUGCUAUUCAUUAGAUGGGGUAGAGACUCCAGCAAUUACUGCAGCUGUAAAGAAUCUAAGAAGAACAGUUAACCUUCCAGGGAACAAGAGCCCUGAGGGAUCUAUAAUAUCAUCUGAUGACACUAGCAAGACUCCAAUUGGUUCUUUGCAAUCUGAAAAUCCUCUUCAAAUGAGCAUAGAUCAACUGACCUCUGCAGUCCAUGCUCUUCUUCAACUCUACUUGAACUCAUACCACAGUCCUUCAUUAAGCACUCCAGGGACUACAAAAAGCACUAAAGAAGCAUGGACUGCCACAGAGCAUCUCCAGUUCACCAUAUUUGCUGCUCAUGGAAUUCCUAAUAACUGGGUUUCAGUCUAUGAAAAAUAUUAUCUGGUUUGCUCUUUGACCCAUAAUGGAAAAGAUCUCUUCAAACCAGUCCAGUCCAAGAAGGUUGGCACAUAUAAGAAGUUCUUCUAUUUGAUUAAAUGGGAUGAAUUAAUAAUUUUUCCCAUCCAAAUUUCUCAGUUGCCAUUAGAGUCCAUCCUAUGCCUUACUCUUUUUGGUAUUUUAAAUCAAAAUGGUGGUAAUUCACCAGAUUCAAAUAAACAGAGAAAAGGCCCAGGAAUGUUGGGUCAGGUUUCGUUAUCGCUCUUUGACUUUGAACGAAUGUUAACAUGUGGGACAAAACUUUUACAUCUUUGGAUACCUCCUCAAAACUUAAAUACUGUCUCUGCAGUAGCCCAUAAAAAGGGAAACCUAAUGGAAAGGAUAAUGUUGCAGGUUGACUUUCCUUCUUUACCAUUUGACAUUAUAUACAAAAUUCCUCAGGCUGCAAACAAUUCCACAUGUAAUUCUAUAGAAACAUUGGAAAAAGAUUCAAGGGAGCGUCUUCUUUCCAUUAUUUCCAAAGAGGGUACAUAUGGAUUAUCUAGGAAAGAUAAGGCAUUUUUAUGGGAGAAGCGACAUUAUUGUUGCACACAUUCAGGCAGCCUGCCUAAGAUCCUGGCUAGUGCUCCGAGCUGGGAUUUGACUAAUCUUCCUGAAAUAUAUUUGCUACUUCAACAGUGGCCUCCUUUACCUCCACUUACUGCAUUAGAAUUGCUGAAUGCAAAUUUUGCAGAUCAAGAAGUAAGAACAAAAGCUGUACAGUGGAUUGAGGCAAUAAACGAUGAUGAACUUGCGGACCUUCUUCCCCAGUUUGUUCAGGCAUUAAAAUAUGAAACUUAUCUGGACAACUCUUUAGUCAGAUUCCUCUUGGCCCGAGCAUUAGGAAAUAUUCGAAUAGCACACUACCUAUAUUGGUUACUAAAGGAUACCUUGCAUGAUACCAAACACGGAAUAAGGUAUGAGCAUAUCCUUGGUGCCUUCCUUUCCAUCUGUGGCAAAAGUCUGAGAGAAGAGCUGGAAAGGCAGUCAAGACUUGUGCAGAUCUUAGGAAUGGUUGCAGAAAAAGUCAAGCAGACGAGUGGAUCAGCCAGACAGAUGGUUCUGCAAAGUGGAAUGGAACGUGUCCAGUCUUUUUUCUUGAAAAACAAAUGCCGCUUGCCUCUCAGCCCCAGUCUUGUAGCUAAAGAAUUGAAUGUGAAGGCAUGUUCGUAUUUCAGUUCUAAUGCAGUUCCUCUUAAAAUUGCUUUGGUGAAUGCAGAUCCUUUGGGAGAAGAAAUUAAUGUAAUGUUUAAGGUAGGAGAAGAUCUGCGCCAGGAUAUGUUAGCAUUGCAAAUGAUAAAAAUCAUGGAUAAGAUCUGGUUACAGGAAGGGCUGGAUUUGAGGAUGGUUAUGUUCAAGUGCCUUGCAACUGGCAAAGAUAGAGGAAUGGUAGAACUUGUUCCAGCUUCAGAUACCCUUAGGAAAAUUCAAGUGGAGUAUGGAGUGACAGGAUCCUUUAAAGAUAAGCCUCUUGCAGAAUGGCUAAGAAAAUACAACCCUACAGAAGAAGAAUAUAAAAAGGCUUCCGAAAAUUUCAUCUAUUCCUGUGCUGGAUGUUGUGUGGCUACCUAUGUUCUAGGUAUCUGUGAUCGCCACAAUGAUAACAUAAUGCUUCGAAGUACAGGACAUAUGUUUCAUAUUGAUUUUGGAAAAUUCUUGGGGCAUGCUCAGAUGUUUGGAAGCUUUAAGAGGGAUCGGGCUCCUUUUGUACUGACAUCAGAUAUGGCUUACGUUAUCAAUGGUGGAGAAAAGCCCACAAUUCGUUUCCAGCUGUUUGUUGAUCUCUGCUGCCAAGCUUAUAAUCUAAUCAGAAAACAAGCCAACCUUUUCCUUAAUCUGCUGUCACUGAUGAUGUCUUCUGGCUUGCCAGAACUUACUGGAGUUCAAGAUCUCAAAUAUGUCCAAGAUGCUCUUCAGCCCCAAACUACUGAUGCUGAGGCUACCAUUUUCUUCACAAGGCUAAUUGAAUCAAGUUUGGGAAGUGUUGCUACAAAGUUCAACUUUUUUAUUCACAACCUUGCUCAACUGUGUUUCUCAGGGCUGCCUUCUAACGAUGAGCCAAUCCUAUCUUUUUCACCCAAAACAUACUCACUCAAACAAGACAGUCAUAUCAAAGAAGCAUCUGUUUUUACCUACCAUAAGAGAUACAACCCAGAUAAAUAUUAUAUCUAUGUGGUCAGAGUUUUGAGAGAGGGGCAAACUGAACCCACAUUCAUUUUUCGCACAUUUGAUGAGUUUCAGGAGUUACACAACAAGCUUGGAAUCUUAUUUCCUCUUUGGAAAUUACCAGGCUUUCCUAGUAAAAUGGUUCUAGGAAGAACUCACGUAAAGGAUGUAGCAGCCAAGAGGAAAGUAGAGCUAAAUAGCUACAUACAAAGUUUAAUGAAUGCAUCAACAGAUGUAUCAGAGUGUGAUCUCGUUUAUACUUUCUUCCAUCCCUUACCUCGUGAUGAAAAAGCUGAAGGAAUUGAUGGAAUAACUAGAUGUACAGAUGUAGGCCCUUCAAGUCCUACCUCAGGCAAAGUGGGAGGAAAAGUUAAGUUGUCCAUCUCCUAUAGAAACAAGACUCUGUUUAUCAUGGUGAUGCACAUUAAAGAUCUGGUUACUGAUGAUGGUGCAGAUCCUAACCCUUAUGUAAAGACGUAUUUGCUUCCAGACAUGCAUAAAACCUCUAAACGGAAAACCAAAAUAUCACGGAAAACUAGAAAUCCAACAUUCAAUGAAAUGCUUGUGUACAGUGGAUAUAGCAAAGACACACUCAAGCAAAGGGAACUUCAGCUAAGUGUACUCAGUGCUGAAUCUCUGCGUGAAAACUUUUUCCUGGGUGGUAUCACUCUUUCUUUAAAGGAUUUUAACUUAAGCAAGGAGACUGUGAACUGGUACAGGCUUGCUGCUGCACCAUACUUAUGAACCUGACAACUUGCAGAGCUGAAGAUACGAACUAAGUAAUCUUAACUCCAUUUGUAUAUGAUCACUUUUCUCUACUUGAAGAUAAUCCAUACACUUUAGCUUGAAACACUGCGAUUUGGUGGAUUAUAGUUGGACCAGCCUUAGCAAAACUUUAUACAAGACUUCUGGCAAGUCAUCUGCUUUAUGCUUUAACUGCAAUAAUAUCUAAGCAUUGAUGUAUAUGAAUUGUAUAAAUGUAAUACUUGUUAUAAAAGCAGUUUUGAAUAUGAAGAAAUGUUUCAAAUUCAAUAUGAGGGGGUUAUCCUGAAUUCAUUUCAAUCCCAUUUAAAUUGUUUGCCUUUUGAUAUACUGCAAACUUUAUAAUUCUGCUCUUUGUAAUUAUAAAGUUUUAUAAUUCUGCUCUCAGCACAUAGAGCAGCACAGUUUGAAAAUAUGAUCAUGACAAAAUUAUUUUUCAGGUAAUUAAAAGGGAGACGUAAAUAGAAGGAUAGAAAUUCAGUGUAGCAUUUAGCCUUAUGACUCAUAAAGCUUCUUAGAGGCCAUUAUUAGAAUAGUGCCAAUAAUUGAAAUUAAAUUAUAAAUAAUGGUGCCUUAUUUUGUUACUUAUACCUUAUUUCUAAUAUUCAAAACAUUUUUCAGUGCUAAAAGUUAAACUUGCUAAAAAAAUGCUUAUGUAGUUCACUAUAUAAAUUCUUUAACAGUUUCCCUUUCAAUUUAGGACCAGAUUAGAUCAGAUUCAUUAAAAAAAAUCUUACCAGGUUUAUGAACUACAAGUACUGUAUGAAUACAGAUGCAAUUGAUUUUACACCAUAGUUUUCUAUAAAGCACUGCAUUUCUUUUAGGUAGAUAUAUGGGCUAUACAGCGGUGAUUUCAGAUUACAAAGUAGGAGUCCCACAAAGUACAAUUUCUAUUAAUAUCAUCUGAAUUAAAAAUAUGCAUACUAUAGCAAAAGGCCAAGUAUUUUAUGCACUAGCUAUGGGAGACUGAAGUUGACACAGUGACCAUUAAAGAUAACAUUUAGAUUUUUUUUUCAUGAGUAGUAAGGGAGUAGUAAUCCACAAAGCAUUUUAUUUCAAUGAAAAUUGAUUUGCCAUUAGUAAAGUUAAUAAAAGAUGCUGUGUAUGAAGUAUGGUUGAUUGUGUUUUAAAUUCAUUUCUUUAAUUUGUAUCCCCCUAAUUUGUAACGAUUGGAAAAGGCUGGGUAUAAUUGUAAUUUACUAAUCCCAAUAUUUUUUUUAAAAGCUGUUGUAGGAAUUUUAUUAACAUUCCACAAAAUGGUUAAUGUUGAAACCCAAAUAGUUUAGAAUAAAGAUACAGACUGCUAAAUUUAAAAAAAAUAGCACGAUGAAUUAUACGAUAGACUGUGUGACAAUCUAUUGGAGGCAAUUAAACAAAAGUAUGAUAUUAAAUAGUCAUUAACCUAAGGUGCUGAAAUGUGCAUAAUUGACUAAAAUAAAAUUUGGGAUUCUUCGGUGUUAAAACUGCAUUGUGAUUAAUAGAAGAUGCUUAACAUUUUUAGAAGAGUUUAUUAGUUAUAAUAUGUUAAAUAUGUAAGUUGUAAGCUAUAAACUAAUUAGAUUGUAUUUCCUGCUCACUUGAUGCUUUUUGAGAUGUAUUCCAUUCCAUCAACAAAACCACAAGUCAUAUAAACACAGGGAAGUAGGCUACUGUUUUUGUGAAACGUUGCAUUAGAUUAACUGUAAAGCAAUAUAUACUGCUUUUUUGCAGUCUAACUAUAGCACAGUGUAUCACAGCACAAAUCUAGAGAUUUAAAGGAAAACCUUUAAUGACGGUGGUUUGCAGCUGCAGUUCUUGUCUGGAUGUUGGUUAGAAUAUAUGCUGCACCUUAUGGUAAUAUUUGCCACUAGUGCAUCCUGUGCCUUUGCCCACCAUCACUAUUUCUCAAAAUAACUCCACAAUAGAUAAAGUUCUUCAGGUACAUUCUUAUGAAAGUGUUUUUCAGUUAUCAUUAAACAUGUAAAGGAGCAGCAUUAAUUUUGCAUCUCUUUCAAAUUAUUUAUAUUUGCGUGAUACACGACACUCUUCCAUUUUUUAAAAAAUAAUUCAGAUAUUUAAACUGACAUACGGAAAGGGUAAGAGGGAAUAAUCAUAACCAGAUGUAACACUUUACUAAUCAAUGUUUUUAAAGUGUGGUCUCAUGGCAUUUUUAUACUUUGUGAAUGAAAUUAAAUUCUAUGCACCAAAUGUGGACUACAGCUAGAAGUCAAUUUGUGUUUGUACAUUUACUUCAACAUUUUGAGGAAAACAUCUUGCUAUAAGAAAAGUAACCCCCGUAUUUUCUGUACUAAAUUAGUCAUGACUUUGCACUGAAAAUUUUUAUAC